GGCAGCCAUGGCAACGGCGAGGCCUUGGGGCAGCGCGGCGGCCCUGUGAGGGGCCUGGGGUGAGGGGGUUUGGGGGCUGGUGUAUACCCUCAGUGCAGAACGCAGGAUGAAUUCUUCAGAUCCAAAGUAUAUUUCAGUUUUUUCUCCACACACUUGCAACAUGAAUAAAAAACAUGUUCCUCAGAACGUACUUGUGCAGUCAGAUUUCCACCCUGCGGAUUGGAAAAGGCCAUCUGUAAGCAAAAGGGGCUUUGCCUCACGUCUGCACCACUCCCAGGAGUCUGACACUGAAAGCCUUGUUCAGGAGAGACAGUAUCAGUUACAACUCCAGCAGCGGAUUCGUGAAAGUGAAGAGCUGGUAGGACUGUAUUCUGAAGAGCUGGAGAACGACAGCUUAGAAGAAGACAGCUUGGAGGAGAUGAGUUUAGAAGAACAAGGAGCUGAGUGUGACACCAAUCGAUACACAAAUGGAAUGCUAAAGAAUGAUGGCAACGGAAGGAAACAACAGUCUGUGGACAAGUAUUUCAGCCUAAGAUACAAUCCUAACUGGGAGAAUGCAAAAGAGGUAGCAGAAUUUUCUGAGGCAGAAAAAGCAUGUCAAGGUGCUGGAGGAAGCAGCGUGGUCUCCUCACAAGAUUCAUUUUACCUCCAUUCCAAUGGCUCCCCCGAAGAAAAGAGUCAACAGGAGGCAAAGUCACAAGACUCAUGCUCAGAGUUUGGUACAGAAUUACUAAGCCUUCAUGAACCAGAUGCUGUGGUCAGCAAUGAACCUUUUAGGCUACAAACCAAAGGGAAGGAAUCUGCAGAUGCCUGUCGUUUCAAAGACAGUCCCAGUACAGACGGCAGUGCUUUUUCUCCUCAGAUUCAAGAUCAACCACAAAGAGCAAAAAAAAACUUUGUGGAAAAAAAUAAAGAUCGACCACAAAGAGCAAAAAAAAACUUUGUGGAAAAAAAUAAACGUACUUUAGGAUUACGGACAGAGAAGAUAAAUUCCUAUCUUCAGUUACACAGUAAAAAGCAAGAGGGAGUUGUUCAAGAGCAGGUUACAGAUCCUAAAACUGUCGCUGAGGAACCAGUUCAGAGCGUCCUACCAUUCCAGACUGUGAAGAUGGAGCCUGAAGACAAAUGGCCCUCUCAAUCUUCUGUUCACAGUUCACCAACAGCCCCUUGUUCAACCUUCCAGUUUACACAAGCGAUGGAGCCACAUCACCAAGAGAUCACUCGUUUGACAGAAGCUCACUUCACUGACAGGGACUUGUUUGGCCUUCUUCCACCUAUAAUGCCCCAUGUAGAAAGGGGUUCAGAGGUAGAUCCAGAGAGUGGUGAAGGAAAUCAAGUGAAAAUAAGCCGAAGCAACUCAGAAGGAUAUAUCAUGCAAAUGGGAAAGCAAAACCAGCCUAAAGUCAGAAAGAAGACACGUAGCUCCAAAGCCUACAUAAAUCUGAAUGUGAAGCUUGGAGGCCUUGGACCUGACUAUGAAGCAAUCAAAGAGAAGAAAGAGAAGUUAAAGCAACAAAAGGAAUAUGCAAAGCAAAUUAAGGAGCACAACAUGAAAAACAUUGCUUUGGUUCAGAGGUUACCUACAAAACCCCAGGUCAUAUCUUCGGUGUCAAGGCAGAAGGCGCUGGAAUAUGCUAAGAAGAUUCCUAGACCAAAGACUUUCACAGCAAGACAAUCAGAUGAAGAGGUGAAAGAGGAAAGAGUUCUGCCACAGACUUUAAAUGGACACAGUUUACCUCAAAUUACAUCCUUGGAAACUUUGCAAAAUAGACAUGAGAAGGAGAAACAAGUUGUAGCUGCUUUCAGAAGCCUUCAUAUCUUCUAAGUAGCUUGAAAUUAAUAGGGAUGUCUUCAAGGUAAAAAUGUGUGAACUAUUUAAUUAUGAGCUAUGAUCGUUAUAUACUGAUUUACCAUUCCAUUGAAAUCUAAAGUGGCUUAAGUUUAAUCACUGUUAAAUUUUACAAUCAGUUCUAAUAUAACUAAUUUUUUAAAAUGUGAACAGUUGCAUACGUAGCAUUUUAAAUAUGGCCACCUCAUUAUUUUUCUUUGAAAUCAACUGAUCUAGCAGCUGCAUCUUUCAGACUAAUCAGCUGUUGGCUUGUUGCAGCUGGAUCAUUUUGAGACAUGUCAAACAUGGGCAUAUCUACAAAACAUUAAAAAUAAACAUCAGUUUCAUUUGAUGAUCUUAAUACCAGCAAUGCUUCUCUUUUUUGGAAGUGCAGAGGAGAUUUUGGCAGACUGUCCAGAAAUAAAGCCAAAAAUAAUCCAUUACUGGUAAGAAUGAGAACAAAAAUGUGCACCAAACAUAGCAGUUGGUAAUGAUACAAUACUAAUUAUUCAAAUGUUACUCUGCUAUCUGUCAGUGAAUAGUUGUCACAUCAAGACCAAAAUUUUGAAGCUUCAUCUGGGAUGCAAAAAUUCAAAACAAGUACUGGCUGAUCAUGCAGACAAUCUGUUAUUAGCCAGAAGCAGUUGGAAAAAAUAUUGAGUAACAGGAUAAUUGAGAGCUACAUGUUUGAGAGGGGACAGCUUUUAACAGAUUAAAUCUAUAAAAAUAACAACAAACAGAUGGGUUUGUUAUGAUGGUUCCAUUUCUUUAGCUUAGUAAAUUAUGAAUUAAGUCAACAUGUGAGAUGUGAUUAGAACACACAGCAAGGGAAUUUUGAAGAAAACACACUAAAAUCUCUUAGAAAAUAGGCUAGUUAAAAGAAAAAAGAAAAAAAAAAACAAAAAAAACCAAACCCACCACCUUGUGAUUAUGUGUUAUUGCUUUAUCAAAUUUAUUAGGUCCCCUUUUGUAUGGCAGGAGAGAGAGAAUUAGUCUUUGGG